AUGCCUACUUUCAAGGUCCAGGGCCAGGUGUACCACCUUAUUGGGUCACUUCAGCCACUACAACAUUGUAAACCUUCGUUCCUUCAAAUUUAUUUUAUUACAAAUUAUAAUAGGCAACUUGAUUUGCGUUUCGACGUAAUUCCACAACAUGCAAACACUAACGCUGACAAUUUCGACAGGGACGUGCUGCUCACUCUGCAAAACAUGCUUCAUGACCACAACAGCUAUAUUCGCAGUUUCAAAUACGCCUUGGAAACAGCCCCUUCACCAACAUUCACCAUUGUCAUCGAUGCUGACAAAAGGCCUUCUGGGGAGCACGCGCGGCGAUAUAACGCUCCUUCGUGCAAUGAAGUGGCCAUAGUUCUCCAUGGUGAACAGCACAAGCAGCGGGACAUAGUUCUUCAAAGCCGCGACAGUGGUCUUCAGCGUAUUAAUGAGUCGCAUCGGUCAUAUGACGCCCUGCAGUAUCCCCUUCUUUUUCCGUAUGGAGAAGACGGGUACCAUUUCGGCAUUCCUCACCACAAACCAAACGAGCCCUCGGCUGCGACAUCUAAAACUGUUUCAUGUAUGGCUUUUUACUCAUACCGCUUCAUGACAAGGCAUAAUGAUUUCAACCCCCUGCACAGAUCACGGCAACUGUUUCACCAGUUUGCAGUUGAGAUGGCUGCAAAGAUGGAGUCCGAGAGACUGGGCUUCAUCAAAUUGAAUCAGAAGCAGCUGCGCUCAGACUCCUACAUCCAUUUGCGUGAUGGCAUCAGGAAUGACACUGACGCCCGCAAUAUCGGCAAAAUGUGCAUUCUCCCCUCAACCUAUACAGGGGGCCCACGGUACAUGCACGAGCGAACACAAGACGCUAUGACUUACGUUCGGCAUUAUGGGCGACCCGAUUUAUUCAUUACCUUUACAUGUAACCCAAAGUGGGUUGAGGUAACGCGAGAACUUCUCCCAGGGCAGCAGUACUGUCAUUGCCAUGAUAUUAUUGCAAGGGUUUUCAGGCAGAAACUGGCUAAGCUCAUUCUUUUAAUAAAAAAAGGCCAGGUUUUUGGGCCUGUUAACUGCCACAUGUAUACUGUUGAGUGGCAGAAAAGAGGGUUGCCACAUGCGCACAUUUUGCUUUGGUUGGUCAACAAAAUAGACCCAACAGUUCUUGAUGAUCUCAUUGCAGCAGAAAUUCCGGACCCAACUGUUGACCGGCACCUGUACGACAUUGUGAAGGCACACAUGGUACACGGUCCGUGCGGUCCUGGUUUUCAAAAGUUCUCCUCAUGCCACAAAGACCACGUGUGCACUAAACGGUACCCAAAGAGGUUCGUGGACGAGACCCAGACCGGCCGCGACGGAUACCCACUGUACAGAAGAAGGCACCCUGACAAUGGUGGAUUCACUAUAAUGUUACGGGGUCAUCAAGUGGAUAAUAGGUGGGUACUGUCCAUUUCUGAUGAAAACUUUUAA